AGGGUGAGCCAGCAGCCGAAAACGAGCAAACUUGAGGAUGGGGAGAAACCAGAGGGAUUGCGAAUGAGUUGGCAGCCAACUCCAACACCGCCUCUUCCCGAAAAGUGGACGACCCAGCCAAUGAAUUAUGAAUGUUGAACAAGAUGACCUCUUCUCGGCAGCAGCAGACGAUGAGAGGUCCUAGGUGGAACCGGGCCCUGUCCGACCCUUUAUUUGUGCUGCUUCUAGCCCUCCAGCUCCUGGCGGUGGCGGGCCUGGUGCGCGCUCAGACCUGCCCCUCUGUCUGCUCCUGCAGCAACCAGUUCAGCAAGGUGAUCUGUACGCGGCGGGGGCUCCGUGAGGUCCCCGAUGGCAUAUCCACCAACACACGCUACCUGAACCUGCAGGAGAACCUCAUCCAGGUGAUCAAGGUGGACAGCUUCAAGCACCUGCGGCACCUGGAGAUCCUGCAGCUGAGCAAGAACCACAUCCGAAACAUUGAGAUUGGGGCCUUCAACGGCCUGGCUAGUCUCAACACUCUGGAGCUGUUUGACAACCGCCUCACCACAAUCCCCAAUGGGGCCUUUGAGUACCUCUCCAAGCUCAAGGAGCUGUGGCUGAGGAACAACCCCAUCGAGAGCAUUCCCUCGUAUGCGUUCAACAGGGUGCCCUCGCUACGGCGGCUGGAUUUAGGGGAACUCAAACGCCUCUCGUAUAUCUCAGAGGGGGCUUUCGAGGGCCUCGGCAACCUGCGCUACCUGAACCUGGGCAUGUGCAAUCUGAAGGAGAUCCCCAACCUCAUCCCACUGGUCAAGCUGGACGAGCUAGAGAUGUCAGGGAACCAGCUGACGGUCAUCAGACCUGGCUCCUUCAAAGGGUUGAUCCAUCUGCAGAAGCUGUGGAUGAUGCAUGCCCAGAUCAAAACCAUUGAAAGGAACUCCUUUGACGACCUGCAGUCGCUGGUGGAGCUCAACCUGGCCCACAACAACCUCACCCUGCUGCCCCAUGAUCUCUUCACCCCCCUGCACCACCUGGAGAGAGUCCACCUCCAUCACAACCCCUGGAACUGCAACUGUGACAUCCUGUGGCUCAGCUGGUGGCUCAAAGAGAUGGUGCCGGCCAACACCAGCUGCUGUGCCCGCUGCAGUUCCCCAGCCAGCCACAAGGGACGCUACAUAGGUGAGCUGGACCAGAACUAUUUCCACUGUUACGCACCUGUUAUUGUGGAGCCACCAGCGGACCUGAACGUGACAGAGGGUAUGGCUGCAGAGCUGAAGUGCAGGGCCAGCUCUCUGACCUCAGUCAGUUGGAUUACGCCCAAUGGCUCCAUCAUGACCCACGGUGCAUACAAGAUCCGCAUUUCUGUGCUCAACGACGGCACGCUCAACUUCACCAAUGUCACCAUGCAAGACACGGGAACCUACACCUGCAUGGUAAGCAACUCAGCAGGCAAUACCACAGCAUCUGCCACUCUCAACGUGUCUUCCACAGAGAACGUCCUCAGCUACUUUACCACAGUAACAGUGGAGACCAUCGAGCCAGUGCACGACGAGGGGCGCUCCACCGUGUGGCAGAAGUUGGGCCCCACCCCCUCCGCCGGAUCCUGGGAGACUGUGUCGUCCACCUCCACCACCACCACAACGGCCCGGAUGCCCCUCUCCACCCGGGCCACAGAGAAGACCUUUACCAUCCCUGUCACGGACCUGAACGACAGCUCCAUGACCGGCCUGGAUGAGGUGAUGAAGACCACCAAAAUCAUCAUCGGCUGCUUCGUGGCCAUCACCCUCAUGGCCGCUGUUAUGCUAAUCAUCUUCUACAAGAUGAGGAAGCAGCACCACCAGCAGAACCACCAUGCGCCACAGCGCACCAUUGAGAUCAUCAAUGUAGACGAGGACUGUGUGACAGGCGGGCCGGCCAUGGAGGGCCACCUGAAUCUGCCCCCGCUGGAGCAUGAGCACCUGAACCACUACAACACCUAUAAGUCUGCGUACAACCACGUCUCCACUAUCAACUCCAUACACAGCUCGGCGCACGAACCUUUGUUAAUCCGGGCCAGUUCGAAAGACAAUGUACAAGAGACUCAGAUCUAACAAUUUUUUCAUAAUGAGACGAACUGAUGAAAUUACAAAAGGGACAUUAUUGGAUAUUAGUUAUGAGGAUUAUGGAUGUGAAGUGGAGGACUUGACUCACUGUUUGUCCAGCGAAUCAGUGGUUGAUGAUGUUUAUUCAAUGACAUUGGGAACUAGGGUAUGUCUAAUGUUUCAAAAAAUGUCUUUACAAAAAAGAAGUUAUUUAUUUAAGAAAAAAUCUAUUGUGGCUAAAUCAAGAAAAAACUGUAUUCUGCAAUUAUUUUUUCAGAACUUAUUUCAUCAGAUGUUUAGUUUUCUUAAUUUGAGGGAGGAUGGUUUACUAAUAUGCUUACAAACUCUAUGUGAAUCUCAAGCUAACCAUGUUCUGGUUUCCCCCAAUCUGUAAGUGAUGGCAAGUUGGCAACCUCUUUUUACCCCACAUAAUUAGAUAAUUUCUAGAUCACAUUAGAGAUUUCCUCCUGCCACAAAUUAAUUGAUUAAAUAUUUUGUGAAAAUCUGUUAAUUUAGAUGGAUUAAAAGCUUGGUCGUUAUCUGAGGGUGAAUGCUGGGACUGUCAGUGAUGAAAUCUGAUAACACAUUAUUUCAUUAAAUCUGCCACUCAAAUUAGAUACAGAUGUACCCUUGGCUCUGCCAUCAAUAGAUUAGGGACGUUAAACGAGGGAAGUGUGAUCCAAACUAUACCAUGGCCAACUGUUAGCAACAUGUGAUUCAUAGUUAUCUCACAGUGUGUAUUACGCCAGUAAAUCACGUUUCACACAGUGUUUGUCUCAUUUACACGUUGUGUAUUCAUACCAUUUGUGAUUCCUUUUCUAUUCCACUUGCUCUGAUCCAUCAUAACUUUGUGAGUCAUGGAGAUCGCAUUGGCAAAUACAGUCAGGCAUAUGAGAGCUCCCUGAAUGUCAUACCGCCUUUUCCCAUCCCACAUCAGCUGUUAUGAUGGUUUACCAUAUCAUCACAGAUAUGUGUGCUAUUCCAGAUCAUCUUAUCUGCAGUCUCAUUGCAAAUCUCUGAAAAUUGCUAUAUGAUAUUAAUGUGGUUCCUGACACAAAUAUUUUUCCAGGUGUUAAGAGAAAUACUGAUUUGUGUGACUUGAUUUAAAAAAGAGCCCUGGAACACCACCAAGGAUACUGAUGACUCUCCUGUGUUAACUCUCUAUGACGCCUGACUUCAACCAGGGCAGCAAGGAGCAGACUGGUGAGUGGGAACGGGGGCUAAGGACACCGAACAUAGCUGUCCUAGCACAUUGCCUAUCUAUUGUCUGUUCAAACAUUGGGCACAUAGGCACGACAGGCCCAGAUUCACACCGUGCCCCUGCCAAGCUCAGGACGAGGGAUAGAGGACAGAGUGCCAGGGUUCAUGCAGAGAGAGAGAGAGGGUUUAGGGAUGAGGUGUGUGGCUUCGAGCAGAUGUUCAGGUCACACCUGCAUCUCUCUGCCUCAACCAUGACACCAUUUCUAUUUUAAUCGACAUACCCUCAGGGCUUUGGGUGGACAGUGCUUCACAGGCACCUGCUCCCUGGAAAAACAUUAAAAAUGCCCCACAGUAAAAAAUGGUGCCAUAAAUAAAGAGGCCAAGCAAAUACCCUUCACAUCCAAGGCUUAGCCACAUACCCCAGGAGUCUUUUUAUAGAUUGUGCUUCAAUCUAAGUUACUAAACCAAAAAAUCCCCAUCAAAAUCCACCAGUUUAAGCUAGAGAUAUCAGUUUUUUGUGUCUGAAGCGUCCGAACGGUUUGACUAAUUUAACCACUCUAUGGAAAGUGGAUACCCCAACAAAUGUCACGGAACUCAUCUGAAGGUAACCGGUUUAAAAAACGAAUGGAAGUAUUAAGGUAGUUUUGUGCCUACCCAAAAAAAGGGGUUCAAUAUGUGUAAAAAAAAAAUAUAUUCAGUACAUAUAUUUCCUGAGUUAAAAAAAAUGAUAGACGAGAUUUAGGACAUACACUUCAAAACCUUGUUUCUUAUGAUUUCUUUUUUGACUGUCCUUUUUGAAUGUGUUAUUCAAUGCGUUUCUAUAGGCCCAAAUCAAUAUUUUAUUAAAUCGUUUUUUUAAUAUAUUUCUUUGCUACCUAAAGUGGUCCUAAAAUUCUAAAUCAAAUAGCUAAAUGCUCCAUAGUAUGACCAUCUUAAAACAAUUCCAUUUGUCAGCAUAGCACACCCCCUGCUUUUCUUUUUGGUCUCCACUCCCUCCAUAAUGUUAAACAUCUAAGAAAGGUUAUGCAACAGUGCUUUUUCUUUUUGGGUCCAUUUUGUUUCUGAGAAAUAAAUGAUUGUGUUCUAUUUUGAAUUCUCCAGAAGAAUGAGGGUACACAGAUGUCAUCUAGUUAUUUUCUGGGAGGAAGCACUAUUAAUGAUAUGAUGUCAAAUACAGGAGUGGGCUGAUUCAGUCACCAUGGAAACCAUGACCUUAAGCAGAAAGGCAUGUGCUAUCAGAGCUCCCAUUGGCUAGCUAGAUGCUUUAACAUUAUUCAGAGUCAAUUGAAAAUGGUAUGUCUGUGGAUAGUGUUAUUUGAAAUGCACCUCAACUAUGAAACAAUAUGCUUACAGUGAUGUAGUAGCAUUUCAUCCCCUUGUACUUGACCAGUGUUUAGUGUUAAACAGCAGAGUAUGGAGGUUGUCACAGAUUAUAAUGAUAUGUAGCGUCACCCUUGUUGCUUUUCCACUUAAACCCAGACAGUAAAGGAUGCAGAAUCGGGGAAUAGACAUAUCCCGUCAUCAGUUUUAAACGUCACUUCUACUGUAUACUUGGACAGAAAGACUAAAUCCUCAAAGAUGAAUGAAUAACUUAUUUUAAUGUCAUGUGGCACGUUAUGACCUAAUUAUAAUUCAGGUAACUCCAUCUUACAUGAGCUUCUUCAACACAGUUUUAGUCAACAUGAAAGAAACAUGUUCAUCAGUGUGGCAUCUCUGCCAAUACAAUAACUAAAGAUGUUUACAUGGAGUUUAGCACAGACGUAAACCAUCUCUGUUGUGAGUCAUUGACGAUGUGUUUGGGGUGAUCAUGGUGGGAUCUGGAUCUCAAUUUUUUAAGUAAGAGAGUUUGUCCAUCAUCCCUUCUCUUUCAUUUGGUUGGUAAAUAAUUUGGAGACUUUUAUGGUGCAUUUAUUGCAAUUUAGUAAAUCUAUCUCAUUCUUUAUGGAUUGUAUCUCAAUGUUUUGGUUGGGUAGGAGGGACAAGAUGCUUUUAGCUCCACAUUAUUUUCUCUGAGAAGGAAUACUGUUCUAGUGGUAGAUUUCUAUAAAAACACAUUUUUAAAAUAAAAAAAAAUAAAAACGUUUUAAAUUUUAAUUUUACAUGUGCCAACAACCUGUUUAUUAAAGUGAAAAAUAGAAACAUACUGUAAAAUAGUAAGACAUUGAUUUUCAUGUUAGCAUACUUUCAUGACCUUAAAAAAAUAUAUGAAGAUCGAUUAUAAACCAGGAGUUUGUAGUUCAUAUAUGUUACAAAUAAACUAUUGUUCUUUUUUAUGUA